UUUGCUUGGCGCCGCGACCUCAUGUGAAACACCUCCUGCGCGACCCAGUCCGACGUUACCUCUGCAGAGGAAAACGCAAUGGAGCCCUGAACAUUUCUCUUUUUUUAUAUCUCCUUUGACCCCUGGAAAACAAUAUUAGUAGGCAAAUCCCCCGCUUUAUCUGCUAUUUAUUUGAGGCGCAACAGGGCGGUGCAACGAUGUGGAUCCAGAUUCGUACUAUAGACGGGAAGGAGACGCGAACCGUUGAGGAUCUUUCUAGAUUGACCAAAAUUGAGUCUUUACGGUUGAAAAUACAGGACAUCUUCAAUGUAAGCCCACAACAACAGCGCCUGUUCUACCGAGGGAAGCAGAUGGAAGAUGGCCAGACGCUGUUUGACUACAACGUGGGUCUCAAUGACAUCGUCCAGCUGCUGAUCCGCUCACAGACCGACCCUCCCGACAGCCCCGUCGCCAAGGACUCCUCGACCGUCGCCUGUAGUUCAGCUCCUCCCCCCGACUCCAGAUCUGAAAGCCACAACUCCCCAGCUCCCGUCUCACCCGCUGCUAUGGAAACCUCCACCAAUAUAGACAAUGACAGCAGCGACACCACCAGCACCAUUAAAGAAGCCAAGCCGGACACCAGCGCUACCAGUAACUCAACCAGUACCAAAAAUGGGUUCAAGUCCUCCAGUCCGGCGUGGGACACCCAGCCACCAACAUCCAGCAAAAACGCACUAGUCGACCCGGGAAUUGGGGUGUACAAGAUUAACGAGCUGGUGGACUGCAGAGACGUGAGCAUCGGCGCCUGGUUUGAGGCCUGCAUCGAAAGUGUGACACGCACUCCCAAAGGACAGAUAACGUCCACCAAGGGCAAGGUGGGCCGGCCCCCGAAAAGGACUAAUGGAAAGCUGGAGGCCGAGCAGGGACAGGCCCACGGCCAGGGCCAAACCACAGACAGUAACAGGAAUAAUGUUGUGUUAAACUCGGAGAGUAAUGGAGCCUCCACCUCUCAGACAGACUCUACAGCAGCUACAGAGACCAAGGAGAGAGAAGAGGACGUAAUUUACCACAUUAAAUAUGACGACUACCCAGAGAACGGUGUUGUGGAGAUGCGACCAGUGGAUGUGCGGCCUCGCGCCAGGACCCUGCUGCGGUGGGACCAGCUACUGGUGGGCAUGCAUGUGAUGGUCAACUACAACUUGGAGACCCCAGAGGAGAGAGGUUUCUGGUUCGACGCAGAGGUUCAGUCCCUCAACCAAACCACCCGCACCAACAAAGAGCUCCGAGUCAAGAUUCUCCUGGGGGGUCCCGGAGAUGUGAUCGGAGAUUGUAAAGUUCAGUUUCUGGAUGAAAUCUACCAGGUGGAAAAACCCGGAGCUUGUCCGCUCUCGGCUGCGGAUGGACAAUUUAAACGGAAGAGCGGGCCCGAGUGUAAGCACUGCAAGGCCGACCCGGACGCAGAGUGUCGCUUCUGUUCCUGCUGCGUGUGCGGCGGGAAGCAGGACGCUCACAUGCAGCUGCUGUGCGACGAGUGCAACAUGGCGUUCCACAUCUACUGCCUCAACCCGCCACUUACCACCAUCCCGGAUGACGAGGACUGGUAUUGUCCCACCUGUAAGAACGACACCAGCGAGGUUGUCAAGGCAGGAGAGAAGCUCAAAGCCAGCAAGAAGAAGGCCAAGAUGCCUUCAGCAACGACUGAGAGUCAAAGGGACUGGGGAAAGGGUAUGGCCUGCGUGGGGCGUACCAAGGAGUGCACAAUUGUUCCUUCAAACCACUAUGGACCCAUACCCGGUAUUCCUGUUGGAACCACAUGGAAAUUCAGAGUUCAGGUGAGCGAGGCAGGUGUUCACAGGCCACAUGUCGGUGGUAUCCACGGGCGCAGUAACGACGGCUCCUAUUCGCUGGUGUUGGCCGGGGGCUUCGAGGAUGAAGUGGACCGGGGAGAUGAGUUCACCUACACAGGCAGCGGGGGCCGUGACCUCUCAGGAAACAAACGGAUCGGAGAGCACUCUUUUGACCAGACCCUGACCCACAUGAACAGGGCUUUGGCUUUAAACUGCGAUGCACCUCUGAACGACAAAGAUGGGGCAGAGUCCAGGAACUGGCGGGCGGGAAAACCGGUGAGAGUGGUGCGCAGCUCCAAAGGCCGACGCAUCAGCAAAUACGCUCCCGAGGAGGGAAACCGCUAUGAUGGUAUCUACAAGGUGGUAAAAUACUGGCCAGAGAUAGGAAAGUGUGGUUAUCUGGUGUGGCGGUACCUGCUGAGACGGGACGAUCUGGAACCGGCGCCAUGGACACCUGAAGGGCUGGACAGGAUAAAAAAACUGGACCUUAAUGUUCAGUACCCGCCUGGCUACUUGGCAGCCAUGGCUAACAAGACAAGGAAAGAGGCCAAUGCCAGACCCGGUCGCAGCGGCAGGGGGAAGCACCAUCCCGGCAGGGGGAGGCCGCGGAGACAACGCAAGAUCAAGGAGAAAGAGGAGAACGAUGAGGAUGAGGAGGACGAGCAGCCGAUGGCCAGUGUGGACGAGGAUGAGCCCCAAAGUAACGGAGAGCAGAAGACAACCAGGGAUAGUGAAUCGUCACCAGCGGUGGAGCCUCCCUCUAAACGGUUGAAGAUCGAGGAGACAUUCAAGCUGUCAGAGCAGCAGCAGCAGUUGAUCCGAGAGGACACAGCCAACAAGAAACUCUGGGACGAAGCCAUGGGACACCUUGCAGAGGGACCAAACUUCCUGCGCAAGAUGGAGCAGAUCUUCAUGUGCGUGUGCUGCCAGGAGCUGGCCUUCCAACCCAUCACCACCGUCUGCACACACAAUGUUUGCAAGACCUGUCUCCAGCGGUCAUUCCGAGCGAAGGUGUACACCUGCCCCGCCUGCCGUCACGACCUGGGCAAAGACUACAUCAUGACCCAAAACAAGACGCUUCAGAUGCUGCUCGACCAGUUCUUUCCCGGCUACAGCAAGGGCCGAUGAGGUUGAAAAAAAAAUCCCAUUUCUACGUAGAAUACAUACACGCACAUAAGCAUCCAUUCUGUGCACCCACGUAUACCGUCAAGUACCUAGAGCUCCACUUUAAAACGCAUCACGCACACAUACUGUACUUACCCACGGGCAAAUGUAUAUUGCAUAUACAGCCAUUUAUGUAUACAAUCAUUCAUACACAAACAACCUCAGUAGGAACUGACCUCAUCUGUUGAACUUGGACUGUCUCCAUUAACGUCACCAGCCUGAAAUUCAAAUAAGGACGUUUGUUUUUUUUGUUUGUUUUUUUACCUUCCCCACAAACGCACAAAAAGACACACAUAAGGAGCCUUGACUCAUACGCCCACAAGCAAUCUCAAGAUAUUAACUAAUUUUUUAAUUUGCCCCCCCCACCCCCACCCCCACCUUGUUGACCACUGGUUCCAUAAAAUUGACACAGUACAGUCCAGAUGUCCCUUCUGGUCAUAUCAUGAAAUCAGCCAUUAGAUUCCUGCCAACCUGUAAGCAUUUUGUGUACCAUGUGUACAGUUUUACACCAAAAAAAAAAACUCAGCUGAACUGCUUUAUAUAUGUUCAGUGUUUGAAAAACGGUGCUAGGUUAAUACAGCAAUUUAGGCUCAGCAGGACUGGCAAUUUCACAAGGUUACUAAUGACACAUAGAGGAGACAACGUCCCGCACAAUUGGAGCAAGCAGAUCACGUGAGACGCCCGCAGACUUGUUAAAGUAAAAUUAAGAAAGUCACAUUUAUAUAUGAAGAGAAGCACACACUGUUUAUGCCUUUGAAGCACUUUAUCAAUGACAUGUGCAGCAGACUUGUUUUAUAGUUUUAACCAGGAGCACCUGGUAGCAUCCUGCUAGCUGCUCAUGUCACUUGGGAUAAUGCCAUUGCCAUGCCUCGAGCUAAUGAGAAUAGCAAAUGUCUCGCCGGUGGUAACUUAACAUAAAUUGGCAGCUGUGUCCGGUUUGUUUGGAGUGUCAGGAGAUUUCUGGCCCCAACAGAGCAGCAACCGCACAUACCUAGCGAAUGCAACAGUCAUCAACAGGCACAACUCUCUCCUUAGAUUUUAUGUGGAGUUUAAAUAAAAAAAGGCAUUUUGAACCUCAUAAACAUACCAAAGACAUGAGGCAGGGCAGGGGUAAAAAAAAAAAUCUUCAGGAAUCUGCUUUAAAAAAGUAGAGGAGUCACGACUAAGAAUAAAAUGCAAUGUAUACUUGUGAAGUAUCAAACAGGAUCUUACCAAAUUUGGAAAAAAGGGCACUUUUUGUUUCCACUUCUAAGCAGCUAUAAAAAAAAAAAAAAAAAGUACAAGAUAAACAUGCACGCACCAGUGAAUCUGUCUCAUAAGCGCUGUGGAAACGUCUAACAUUAUUGAAAUGAUUUGUGAAACAUUAUUAAUGUUCAUAUGUGUAACCUCUCAUUCGUGGUUUCCACUUUGUCAGUCAGAUUUCAUGGACUAGCAGAGAAAUACUGGUAAUGAUGUAAUGAAAGUGAAAGAGUUAUGUGCUGCACCCUGAAACGCUUGAACAGCACGAUGGCGCGCUGCUUGCAUCCACUCUUCAAUGACGCUUGGAAGGGCACACUGUGGUCGUACAUGGUGUUACCAAGCAACCGAAAUCAAGCAGUACUUCACACAAAGAUGGUUAGCAUAUAUCGUGCUCAGCGGAUAUUCAUCUGCUAUUGUUCCUUCUGUUAGAUUCAGUAUAACCUUCUGAGUUAUCUGCUUCUCCUUCAUUGUUAGGAUUGCACAGCCAUGACCCUGUGAGUUAUUUGUCAUCAUAUUACAUCCGUGAAUCGGAGUUACAUCCGUCUCAGUUUGCUAUGAAUGCAAAAGGCUGCUGAUUUUCAGUCCUUGACAAAGCUUCCUGAUGAACAUGAUGAUGCACACCAUCAGAGGCUCAGGGACACCACAUCAAUAUACAGUAUAUAAGCCAAACAUACUGACUCUGUAGGACAAGAAGACAGGAGAUGGAUAAGAGUGCAUUUGUAGCACUGACAGUCACUAACUGUACCGAAAGUUGGCAUCCAAUGCCCGGUCAGAUAAGUUGUUAACUUAUUCUUUGAAUCAGAAAUUUACUGGUUUAAAAAUCUGAAUUUUAUACUAUUUUUAGUUCGGCAAAGUUCUCUAUGGCUGCUUGUGUUUAGGCGACGUUAAACAUUUGAGAACUGAUUUUGUUAAACGAAGGGGGAAAAAACGGUUUUGUAGAAAAAAAAAAAAAAAGGUCCAGGUGUCAUAUUGACACUAGUACUGAAAAAUGUAAACAAUACUCAGUCCUACAUGCCACAAGUGAGAGCUUUUGAAUAUUGCGAGGGGGUUUUCAACAGUGCAUAUGUGAGAAUUCAUUGGUGCAUAAGGACAUAACACAUUUACAUUACAGUACGGAAUAUUUCAACAGGUAGUAUGUUUAAUUACACUUGCAUGAUAACACAUAAAAUAUAACAUAACUGUGAAUAUAGAGUUGGUAAAAUGCAUGUAUAUGCAAGGUAAAGAUUGAAUUAUGUCCCUACAACUUCAACACUGGGCCUGAGUUAAUCAUUUAAUGUACAAGCCCUUGUUAGCCAAUAGUAGAUCAUUAGAUGAUCAGUGUCAGCAACUUCCCCUGAUUUCAUCAUUACAUACACACACUGUGUGUAUAUUAAGGAGAGAGAGAGAGAUGCCGGGAAUACAAGAGUAGACUUAACAGGAAAAGAACACUUAUCAAGCUGAAAAAACAUUUUUUGGAAGUUACUGAUAGAGUAUUAGAUUAUUGCCUGUGCUGAAUAUGUAAAUACAUAAACUGUUUGGUUUCUUGGCGCAGAAAGAGACAUGAGACAGCAAAGUCUGUCAAAAAACAAAACAGAAACAUUCAUCGGUUUCACCAGAUUAUCAGACUCAAACACACUACGGUCUAUGGCCAAAAAUACAGUGUUAAGUGGCAGCUGUGAACAAAAAAUGAACAUAAAUUUGGACCAAAAGACCCACAACGUCUUUCGACUGUUUCUUAACUAUUCUUUAAGCUACUUUUAUUUGGAUACAAUCCUGAAAAAGACAUGUUUUUGUAUUUAUUGCUCUUCUUAUAUGUUACCAUCCAGUGGAUUCAGCAAUACCAGUAAAGAACUGCCCCUUUCAUAUCUUUGAAACACACUUACAUAAGCUUUACAUAAAUCAUUACGUUGUUUUCAUACCAGGAAGACCAAUGACAGUUAUAAUCUUACAGUAUAUGCCUACAUGUCCUUUUUAUCUCUCCUUUUUGCCCUUUUGUAGGACAUUAUUCCCCAAUUAGUUUGAUCAUUUUAAACCUUUUUGAUUAUUAUUUUUUUUUUAGCUGCAUAGUGCCACAUGGUAACAGUCAUGUGACGACUGCACAGAAAGAUGCAUGGCCUUAUUAUUACACUGCACCCACGCAUGUUCAGUUCUCGGUUACUAUUUUUAUCUGUUUGACCUGACACAUCAUCUUCUACUACGAUCAAAUAUUGUGUUGACAAUCCAAGCAAGUCCAUCCCCCCCCCCUCAGAGUUAAAAAUGUUGUUUUUUUUUCUAUUGUGAGCAGCUGACGCAGAUUGGCAUCUUUUCCAGUGCUGAUAUGGUACUUUAAAAUGUCAAGGGUUGGCAGGUCUGAUAGGAACUCAAACAACAACGUCCCGCGGAGAUAACAUUAGUCGCGCAAGCAGAGCCGGUGCACUGAUCUGAGAUCUGGACAGAGGUCACCUGGAGAGCUGACACACUCACGAGAAGUUCAGAUUAAAGUAUUCAAAGUAGUUUUAACACAGGAGUUGGGUUUUUUUGCGGGAAAAAUGUAGCCCCUGUUCAUCAACAUCGUUAUACUGUAACAAGGUAAAGCCAUGUUUUGUUUAAAGCUGUAGACGACGACAGCUUAGAGAACUAAACGUGGAAACUCUUCAGAUCAGAGAUGAAGCUGUGUGUCUCACCCAACACUUCCUCCCCUUUCAUUGGCGGGCUGUUUGUUUGUUUGUGGUGACGUCCUUGUUUCUGUUCAAUCAUUCAGGGUUUUGUUUUUUUGCUUUCUUUCUUUUUUUUUUUUUUUUUUUUUUU